AGAAAUUGACCGAUUUCUCAACCGUCGGUCCCUUCUUGCUCCUUCUAUUUUUUCUCUUUGCUCCCUUCGUUGAUCAUUCCUCAAAUCAUCCAUGAUCCAUCAUGAGCCUCUGCGUUCGUUGACCCCCUGACUCGGAGAUCAAGUAAUAAUCGGCCCAAUCGUCGGCACAGCGCGGCACAACCCUGAGUGUUAGCGUCAAUUAGUUACUACGUAUUGAAUGCUGGUGGAUGCUUCAUUCUGCCUUCUGCUGCGCUGCCAUCUUACACUCAUCCCUCAGACGGCUGAUGAUCUUCACUCUUCACAGCGGCUUACAGCUACAGACCACAGAGUACAAGCCAGCUGCCAGCUGACACCUCUUUCCGACUAUUCCACAUGCAUUUCGGGCCGAUAAAAUUCGGUAUCAUAACAUCUCUACAACAUCGUACAUUAACUCUCUAUCUGUAUCGGAUCGGAACGUCUCUCGAAAGUAAUGGACUUGUCACCGACCUGGCUCUUUGGUAGCCUCUGUUUCUAAUAAUAGAGGCACUCAAGUGAUUGUCAUGCAUCACUGGACCAGUUCCAACUCGACUAACGAACUUGCCAGGUAUAUAGCCCGAUUGCAAGUAAUAAUUGGGACGGAUUAGAGCCCUGUCAUAUUCUCUUUCAAUAGACUACUAAUCAUCCUCUUAUUCUCACCAUCAACACUGCCGACAAGCCACAAUGGCAGGAGGAAAUUUUGCUUUCAACACUGUACCAAACAACACAGCGGCUUCAUGGUGGAAUGACCCGGGAUUGCGGAAACUUGUCUUCUUCAUGGCCAUAUGCACUAUCUCUGCCGUAGGCAGUGGUGUCGAUGGUUCUUUAAUCAAUGGCCUUCAAAUCAUUGAUUCCUUCAUGGACAACCUGGGAGAUAUAUCUGACAACUACCUCGGCCUUGUUAUCGCGUCUUUCUCUCUUGGUGCCCUCCCAGCCUUACCCAUCUCUGCCUACUGUAUGGACCGCUUCGGUCGUCGUUCGUCUCUCCUAUUAGGUUGUAUCUCUGUCAUCGUGGGAGGCAUUGCCCAGUCUUUUACCCAUGGUGCCAAUGCGUUCUUGGGCACAAGAUUCGUCAUUGGCUUUGGUAUUGCCCUUACAGGUACAUCAGCACCAACACUUUUGAUGGAGCUUGCACACCCUAGGAUGAGAGGUCAAGCAAGUCUGUUGUACAAUUGUAGCUGGUAUAUCGGUGCUGUCAUCAUUGGAUGGAUCACGUAUGGAACCUUGGUAGGGAUGACUGGUAACUGGAGCUGGAGGUUGCCGUGUCUCCUUCAGAUCACCCCAGAGAUCUUGCUAGCUGUUAUCACUGUUACACUGAUGCCCGAAUCCCCUCGAUGGCUGAUUUCCAAGGGCCGCAACGAGGAGGCUCUCAACACUCUUGCCAAGUACCAUGCCAAUGGAGAUAAGGAAGAUGCUUUAGUCAAGCUGGAGUAUGACGAGAUCGUAGAGGCCUUGGAGCUCGAGAAGACAAGUCAACAUGGCACAUCCUACCUGACUCUUCUCAAAACCCCAGGUAAUCGUCACCGUCUUAUCAUUUGUAUCCUUGUCGGUUUCAUGUGUCAAUGGUCUGGAAACGGUAUUGUGACAUACUAUCUUUCCCCCAUCCUGACCACUGCCGGUGUCACAUCUUCCGCCACUCAAGCGCUCAUCAAUGUUUGCAUGAACAUUUGGAACUAUCCGUGGGCCAUUGCUGGGGCUCUUUCAGCCAACAAGCUCGGUCGUCGACCACUGUUCUUCAUUUCUACCGGGGGCAUGUUGAUUUGCUACAUUAUCAUCACCGCUUUGGCCGCCGAGUUCACCAAGACCGGUAAACCAGCGGUUGGGUAUGCUCAGGUAGCAUUCUUGUUUUUCUUCUUCGCAUCAUACGACUUUGGUUUCACAGGUCUUCAGUCGGCUUAUCCGAUUGAAGUACUUCCGUAUUCACUACGCGCCAAGGGUUACUCUAUUACCCAAUUCUGUAUCUAUCUUGCAAUGUUCUUCAACCAGUUCGUCAACCCCAUUGGAUUAUCAAACAUCUCUUGGAAAUACUACAUCGUGUAUGAUUGCAUUCUGGUGCUUUUCCUGUUUCUUCAAUGGCUGCUCUUCCCAGAGACGAAAGGCCGUACCCUGGAAGAGAUUCGAGAAAUCUUUGACAAAGAACCACUAAGCUCCACGGAAGGUAUGGGCGCCAAUGGGUCAGAAGCUUUGGAUGAUGGUGGGAAGGCAGAAGAAGCAUAUGUCGAGAACGUCGGCUCGCGCGUGUAACCUUAUUGUAUCAAGCGGCGUUGGGUUCGGCGUAAGGGUUUCCAAAAGCUAUUUUGCCUUAAUUAUGUAGUUGCUAUUUGUCAAGACUUUUCAUAAUGGUUAGUGAACGUGGUUGCAGAGUUGUCACAGGACAGUUGAUGUAUGCACGGACUCAUUG